AUGGCUCCUGAACGUGUUUGCCUUGCCUACUCUGGCGGCCUGGAUACUUCCACUAUUCUCAAGUGGCUCGUCCUUCAAGGCUAUGAGGUCGUGUGUUUCCUCGGCGACUGCGGCCAGGAGGAAGACUUCGAUGCCGUCAAGGCCAAGGCGCUGAAGCUCGGCGCUGAGAAGAUGAUCAUCGAGAACGUCCAGCAGGAGCUGAUUGACGACUUGGUGUGGCCCGCCAUCCAGUGCAACGCUAUCUAUGAAGGACAAUACCUUCUUGGCACAAGCCUAGCCCGGCCGGUAUUGGCCAGGGCAAUGGUGCAAGUUGCGAAGGAUAACAACUGCACGAUCCUCAGCCAUGGAUGCACCGGUAAGGGCAACGACCAAGUCCGCUUCGAGCUGGCUUGGAAGGCAUGUGACCCCAAGAUGAAGGUUCUGGCCCCCUGGCGCAUCCCUGCGUUCUUCAACCGAUUCCAGGGACGUGCCGAUCUUCUCAAGUUCGCCGAGGAGCAGAAAAUCCCCGUCAGCUCCACUCCCAAGGCCCCCUGGUCUAUGGACGACAACAUCAUCCACUGCUCAUAUGAGGCCGGUAUUCUCGAGCAAACAGACAUGGAGCCCCCGAAGGACAUGUGGAAGCGCACAGUUGAUCCCCUAGACGCUCCCGAUAAGCCCACUCGCUUCACCGUCCACUUUGCUGAAGGUGUUCCCGUUAAGCUUGAAGUUGGGGGCAAGGCCGUUACUGGCUCCUUGGAGAUCUUCAAAGAGGCGAACGAGUUGGGCCGUGCCAACGGUAUUGGACGCGAGGAUAUCGUCGAGUCCAGGUUCAUCGAUACCCCCGGCCUGACUAUUUUGCGCAAGCUGCAUCAAAACCUGGAGGGAAUGUACUUUACGCCUGAGCGCGAGUUCGUUCAGCAGUCGAUCUCUAUCAGCCAGAAGCAGGUUGAUGGCAAGGUUGAAGCUCUGGCAUACAAGGGCAACGUUAUCAUCGUUGGCCGCUCCAGCGAGACAUCCAAUCUCUACAGCGAAGAAGAGAGCAGCAUGGACACUCUUGAUAUGGAUUGGAGUGUCGAAGACACAACUGGGUUCAUCAACGUGAAUGCUAUUCGCAUCGCCAAGUAUGGCGAGCGCAAGAUCAGGGAUGGCGAGCCCCUUUCCAAGCGUAAGUAG